AUGGAAGGAGAACACCAGGGCCUUCAGUUUCAUCAAGUCCUAGUAGCCCACGGGAGGAUCAAGAAUGAGCCAGAGGUAGAUCAAGGAGGAGCACACGACAUUGGAACUGAAGAGGAACAUGACGAAUACGUAAUAGUUAAUUUCAAUCUUGAUGAACUGGGCCAGGAGUCAGACGAAGAAAAGGGCGUAGAGGAGGCACGCAGUGAACAUCACCAGUCGGAAACCCCGCCAGAUUCUCGCACGUUUCAUGGGGUUGAUACAGACUAUCUACGCUCUCUCGAGGAGGCAAUUAUCAGCCUAAAGCUUCAACUUAUUAUGGCCAAGGCAAGGGUUGUGCGAGCCAAGCAAAAAGUAGAGGUAAUCAACCAAGAAGUGGAUGAACUGGCUGAACUUCUGAUACGUCAUCUCGACGAUUGA